CCAUUCCACAGUGAGGUCCGUCCUGUUUGGUGUUCCCGUUACAUCUAUCAUCUCCGCCUUUUUCGUUGUAUCGACAUGUUUGGCGCUAGACAUCUAGCAUUAAGUCGGACGAGCCGACUGGCUCCUGUUUGGACGAAAAACGCUCUCCGCACGCUAGCAACGGAAUCUGCUGUUGUUGCCCCGGAAAAAAAGACGGGCGCCGGUUUGUGGCAACGAUUGACGAGUUUCAUUGUUGGUGCAGGAUUAACGGGUGUCUUUACGCAGUACUAUAUCUUCGAAGAAGUCAAGAACGGGAAUUUGCUCAUGCUAGCCAAGCAAAAAGAGCUGGAAACCCGAAUUGCUAAAUUGGAGAAGAAAUAG